AUGGGGUUUGACUCAGAAGGGUUAAGGGAUCCAGGAUUUUCAACAGGAACAGUUUCACUUGGGAUUUCUGGAAUUUCAGGGGAAGGUGUGGGUUGUAAGACACUUUGUGAUUCUUUAGGAGGAUUAGAAGAUAAUUCUUUCAUGGGGGUUGAAGAGGAUAGAAUUUUUGCCAUUUUGAAUUUUUUUAUCUUACAAUUUUUGUCUGAAGUUAAAACUCAAUUGAAGAACAAAAAGUUCACAACUGACUUAAAAGUAGACACGCACUCCAAUGUUCUUGUAGCUGUUACUAUUGAUGAAGUUGCUCCUAGUUUGAAGAUAAUUUUUAGCUAUCGAUUCCUGAUCCAAAUUCAUGAUAGAAAUUAUGCAAAGAUGGAACUUCAAUAUUUUCAUAACUAUGCUGGGAUAUGCACCAAUAUUGGGCUGACGAAAAACACCAUUAAUGUUAACUUCGCUGGUAUCUUGGGAUUGAAUGUUCUUACUCUAGGAACUAAUAUAUCCUUUGACACCAAUAGGGGAGCUAUCACAAAGUGCAAUGCGGGCUUGACUUUCACAAAUGAUGAUCUCAUUACCUCAUUUUCACUUAAUGAAAAGGGAUAUUCUUUGAGUGCAUCAUGCUGCUACCAUGUAGUCAGUCCUCUGACUAGUACUGUUGUUGGCACGGAGGUGACCCAUAGCUUAUCUGCCAAUGGGAACACCGUUACUUUCGGAACUCAGCAUCAAUUGGAUCCUUUGUCGACUGUGACAACAAGUGUUAACAGCUACGGCAAAGCAACUGCUCUGAGCUAAAAUGAGUGGCGUCCAAAGUCUCUUCAGCAUUUCAGGAGAAGUGGAACCAAAGUUGUUGACAAAAGUGCAAAAUUUGUUCUGGCCUUGGUUAUGGUUAAGUCAGAGGUUCAGUACAAUGACUGA